GUUCGUUGCUCCACUGCACACACACGUUGCUCCAAACGCCAUGGCUUUCCCGGGAACACAGGCGAGGAAGCUCCUAGCAGGCGGCUCCGGCACGGCGAGAAAAGUCGCCAGCGCCGCCGCCCUCGGCUUCGACCUCGACGAUGCGGGGCACUUCUUCUCGGGCCUGUGGCAGCUCAUCAAGGCGAAGGCCACCGAGCUCGCGGCCUACACCGCCACCCUCCUCGCGGCGCUCGCCAGGAAGGCCGACGAGCUCCUCCCGCCGGAGACCCGCUCGGAGACGCUCCGGCGGUGGCUGCACGUCGCCGUCACGGUGCUGAUCCCGGCCGUGCUGGGCGCGCUCGCGCUUUACUGCCUCGCGCGCUGCUGCUGGCGCUGCUGCUGCAGUGCCCGCGCCGCCCGCAGGCGCACGAUGAUGGUGGCCCCCGGCCGAGGCGGCGCGCGCAUGCCGCGGGGCGUGUUCGAGGACAACCCCCGGCUCUACUUCCGCGACCUCCGCGCCGGGAAUCCCCUGGAUCAGUCGAUCCUGUACUAGCGCGCGCGGGCAUGUCCGCACGUGCAGUCGCGUGUACGCAUGCGUGCCUAUGAGUACGACAAGAGUGCUGUGUGUCCGAAAUGUCGCAGCCUUGUGUGUACGUGUAUUUGGAAUAAUUGGCAACUAGCAGACUGCAUCUCGCGCCACAUGGUAGAUAUGCUUGGUACAUACGUGACAUUUUGUGAUUCGUGUACCAUAUAUGUCCCAGAUUAUGCUGUGCCGAUCGA